CACUCCUUCCACAAGCAAUAGGCUCAGCACCCAAUCAGACUGAGAACCCGACACACCAGGCAACCAACAGGUGCUGGGCAUGUGGUGGCCACAGAUGAUCGAAAACACCAGCGUCCUUCAAAACCCGAUCUCCGACUUUGACCAGAACAUGAUAGAAACCGCGUCCAAUGAUUCACUGGGGAAUACCUCAGCUGAGGCCAAUGCCACCCGUUGCACAAUAGGGGGAAGGCACAACUAUAUCUUCCUUAUGAUCCCUAUUAUAUACACCGUCAUCUUUGUGGUGGGGGUUGUGGGAAACAGCAUGGUGGUGAUCAUUAUUUACUGCCACCUGAAGUUGACCACAGUUGCCAACAUUUUCCUGCUGAACUUGGCACUGGCCGAUUUGAUCUUCGUGAUGACCUUGCCCUUCUGGGCCACCUACACCGCCAUGGAGUACCACUGGAUGUUCGGAAACUUCCUGUGCAAGACCAGCGCCACAGUGGUGCUACUGAACAUGAAUGCCAGCGUCUUCCUCAUCACCUGCCUCAGCGUGGACCGCUACCUUGCCAUCGUGUACCCCAUGCGGUCGAGGAGCCGGCGGACCCUGCUCCAUGCCCGGGCGGUUUGCAUCGGCGUCUGGCUGCUGGCCGCCAUUGCCAGCCUUCCCGCCACCUUCUUCCGAAACACCUCCCACUAUCACAGCUGGAAUCAAACCAUCUGUGCGUUCGAUUACCCCGAGAGGUACCGGACCCAGUGGAUAUUUGUUAUGGCGCUGCUUAAGACACUGCUGGGCUUUCUAAUUCCGCUUCUCAUUAUUUUGAUCUGCUAUUCCCUCAUCAUCAGGAGCUUGGUGCAGACCUAUCAGGUGAGAAGAAGCAAGCCAUCAAGCAACGAAGCGUUUAAACUCAUCGUGGCUGUCGUUGUGUCCUUCAUCUUGUGCUGGCUUCCAUUCCAGGUCCUCACCUUCUUGGACAUGCUGUCCCGCCUGCAGAUUAUUAAGAACUGCCGCCUUGCAGAAAUCAUCGACACUUCCAUCCCCUUCACCAUCUGCAUCGCGUACUUCAACAGCUGCCUCAACCCCAUCCUCUACAGCUUGGUUGGCCGUAACUUCAGAGAGAAGCUCUUCCUUUUCCUGAGGUGCAGGAGGCCCAAGUUAAAACACCACACCAGCCUGUCGACCAAACAAAGCUCAUUAUCGUAUUGGACCACAGACCCGUCGAGGAAGCAGAUGGACACUACUCGGAGGGGGUCACCAUGAUGGGGUCAAAUUCCAUCACCGAUUAGCAGCAAGUUUGAAUUGA